CUUUGCCCAUCGCCUGAGGAAGAAGCUGGCAGUAUAUGCAACAGAGAUUAGCAGUGCUGUUUUUGCCUGGGGAGUCACCUUCUAGCAAUCUCAUAGUUGUCUGGAAUAAGACAACAAGAGCCAUUGAAAUACCAUUUUGGGUGCUGUUCGAGAUGUAAAGAUGGAGACUGAAGACCCUGGUUUGCCCUCUAAGGGUGGGAUAGAUCUCCCUGAGAAGGAGGCUGGCUUGAGCUCUAUGGAGACAGGUGGGGAUGAGCCUGCUUCUGUCCUGAAUGAGCAGGAGGAGAUGCCUGCUGCCCCAAACAAUGGGCCCUUGAGCGUGGUAGAUGGCAAACUAGAUGUUCAUGAGGAGUUGAGCAAUGCUCUGGAGGAAUCAAGUGACAAGGACCUGUCUGACUCAGCCUCCACUGACAACACCUUGGAGGACUCCAGCGAGUUUAGCCGGCCUCUGGUGAUGGGCAAUGGGCCACCAGGGGAGGAGGUGGCGGCUGUCAUACGACUGCGGCCAGUUACACAUCGGGAUGAGGAUGUGACAGCUGAGAGUUGGCGGGCACACAGGAAACAUGUCUUUGUCUUAAGCGAAGCUGGGAAACCCAUUUACUCGCGCUAUGGCAAUGAGGAAGCUCUGAGUUCCACCAUGGGAGUCAUGAUGGCGCUGGUGUCGUUCAUCCAGAGUGGGGAUAAUUCCAUCCGCUCCAUUUAUUCUGAUGAUCACAAACUGGUUUUUGUGCAGCAGGGCCCCCUGGUGCUGGUGUCGGUGUCUCACACCCUUCAGUCUGAACAGCAGCUACGCCAGGAACUUUUGUAUGUCUACUACCAGAUCAUCAGCAUGCUCACCCAGGCCAGCAUCACCCGCAUCUUUGAGCGAAAGAAGAACUAUGACCUCCGGCGCCUGCUUAUUGGCUCGGAGAAGAUCCUUGACCGCCUGUUGAGCCUGGUGGAGUUGGACCCUUGCUUUCUGCUUGGAGCUGUGCGCUGCCUGCCCCUCCCAGCUUCCCUGCGUGACUCCCUGGGCACUUUGCUCCAGAAGGCCAUCACACCCAAUCUGGUCUUCUCCAUUCUGGUGGCCCAGAGUCAUCUAGUCACCAUGGUGCAGGAGAAAACAGUUAUUGAAGAUUGCCGACUAGAGCCCACUGACUUGCACCUGUUGCUCAACCUCAUUGGGGCAACCUCUGCCUUCCAGACUGGGGAGAUUUGGACACCUAUUUGCUUGCCACGCUUCAACCCUGAUUGUUACUUUUAUGCUUAUAUUUCCUACUUGGAUGCUGAAUGUACUGUCUGCCUCAUCCUUCUCUCCACGGACAAGGAAUCUUUCUAUUCUGUCUCAGACUGCAAGAAACGCAUUGAGGAGGGCAUGAGGACUCAGAACUACCUGCAGGCCCUCUCAAGCGGCCUGAAGAGUCCCUCCUAUAGUGUGGGACUGGUGGGGGUGCCAGACCUUCGGCACUUUAUGUACAAGCCCCUUGAUAUACCUGAUAAUUACCGACAGCUUCCUCAGUUCACCAGCCCAGAACUGGAGGGACCUUACUGCAGUGAAAACGAACGCCAUCGACUUUUUGACCUCUAUCACUACCUUCACAGUCGUAUACAUAGUACCUCACGCCCUCUGCGUCUCAUCUACCAUGUAGCUGAAAAGGAGACUCUAUUGGCUUGGGUCACCAGUAAGUUUGAAUUAUAUACUUGCUUUAGUCCUUUGGUAACCAAAGCUGGUGCCAUCAACGUUCUGACUAAGCUGUUGCGCUGGAUAAAAAAGGAAGAGGAUCGGCUCUUCAUUCGCUAUCCACCCAAAUACUCUACCACACCCAAUCCAGGGAAAGGCAGCAAAGGUCCUCGAACUGAUAAUGCUGAGAAUGGCUUUUUUGGAGGUCUCUAGGACAGCAAUCCUAAACUUCAUCCAUUGUGUACCUUCUUACGGACAAAUCUUGAUGGAAGUACUUCUCUGUGAGCGAGAAGACCUUCUGUUUUUUCUUCUACAAGCUGAACAGGGUCUGUGUGGGUGUGAGAAUCAUAAUUUAUCAAUCCAAGCUGUCACUUUGUUGGUGAUAAAUUCAUAAUGUUUUGAUUUAGGUUUUUUUCCCCAAUUUUAGUUUACCUGUGCUCUUGGUACUAUGCCUGCAAGGAGGCAUUGGACCAUGACAGCUAGACUGGAGUUGGGUAAGGAAACUGUAGCUCUGGAAGCUGUGACAUUACCUAUGGAAGGGGCAUACAGUUGGAAGAUAAGGGAUUUCAUAUGGAUUCUGCUCAGGCAUAAAGUUUACACUGAUACAUUAUGGGCCUAGCAGAUUAGGAUUCUCUGUUUCUGAGUGCUCGCACCACUGAUACCAGUAGGGAAUUGCCUUGCUUUUCACAUUCUGUUUCUUCUUCUUUAUCAGCAGUUCUGAUAGCAUGCUGAAUGCCACUUCUGCCCCUCAGAUAAAAAUUGGGAGGUAAGGGAUCUGGCUUGCUCUUUUUUCUAUAAUACUGUGGUCAAAAUGGCAAAAUAAGAGCCCCGGUUGUUGUUAAAUGCAAACCAGGUAAGCUUGGUUGGUUGGUUGAUAAGCUACCCAGAACUCACGGGGUUUUAGGGUUGAAGAUGGCUUGUCAGCAGCUCCAAUGAAACAUCCUUCCUGGGUUCGUACUUAAGGAAAAGCUGCAGUGUACCCGUUGCACCCCAGUUAAAGAACAUUGAGUCACUGAUUGAAGAACAUGCAUCUGUGAAUGCAUACAUAGUUUACUGAAUUCCUAGAACAAGAAACAGGCAACUGUCACCACUUCUUUUAUUUCACUUGCCCUUUGAUAAACUCCUCAAUUGUCCAUAAUUACUCUUUCAAAAUAGCUGCCCAGGGCCAGUCCAGUAGGUACAGUGCUUUCAGGCAAUAUGGGACAUAGAAAGAUGAAUGUUUACUACAGAGCUAGCUGAUUUAGAUCAUUGUAGUGUCAUCUUGGGAUAACUGCAGGUGAACAGGCUCAGUUCCAAAGAAUCCUUCGUUCUGGAACUAUCAGUAUUUUUUGAAUAAGGCUCUUGUCCUGCCUAUUCUUUGAACUAUAAUUUCCUUCUGAAUUAGGGAAGCUGAUUCAGCCUUUUAUUUUGGCACCAUGAGAAGGUCUAUAUGUGUGUGAUGGGGAUUUUGCAAUCCUAGUAUUUCAAGUAAUGUUAAUGGCUCAGUUUGUAUUAUGUAAUUUAAUUAUGAUGAAAGUUGGACUUCCUUUUUAAUGCCUUAUGUUGGAACCUUACUGGUUUUGAAGCUGUUUCACGAUCCUCUGUAACUUCCCUCCCAUUUUCUCCUCACACCUUGCCCUUUUUUUCCUGCUUUAAAAUUAUUGUCUUUGUCUGCUUGAAUGACACAUGGCCCUUGUUAGGGUUCUGUUGCCUUGCUUUGUUGCGGUGCUCCAAUUUUCUGUCCCUGCUUCCUAUAGCUAUGUUUGUUUUUUGUAGAUUUGAAGCCAGGGAAGAACAAACAGACCUGUGGCAAACUUUCUGUUUGGGAAUGGUACUGACAAAAAACUUUUCUCAUUCCAGUCAACUUUGGAUAUUGUCUGAUGUACCAUUAGUUCAGACAGCAGUUCUCAGAAAGAGACUUGAAAACCUCAUUUACAAGCAAUUAACAGUUGCAUCCUUCCUUCCUGAGCAGAUGCUGCUCUGCUGUGAAAAUAGGUGCCCUCUGUAAAUUUGCUGCUGCUCCACUGGGUCAGUUUUUUGUCCCUUUUAUUUGUAUGCUAAAAAUAAGUCUUAUUUUUGUCUGGAGGGGGGAGUAUUAGGGAACUUCUGUUCUUGUGGGCAAACCCUGAGAUUUCCUAUGGUGUGGGGAGUAGUGUGUGGGGGGGGGGGGUAGAGGUGGGGAGCUUUGAUUUAUCCUGGAAUACAUAUGUGAGUCUAUAGAAUACUGUUGCCAGUUUUGAUGUGGGGCUGAGCACUGAACUGAAUUCUAUCCUCAUUGCCACUGCUGAAGUGAUUAAAGGAAAUAAGUUAUUUUGCAGGGUGUAUCUGUUACUUUUGGAUCCCUUCUGAUGCCUGCUUGCUCAGCUUGCUUCUGGCUGGCAUUUUAUUCUGCCCUGGUGAAAGAAUAGCAGUGAUUCCAUGCACCAUGUGGCUAAUUGACUGACAAUAUGAGAUUAUAUUUCUGGCUGAACUGAUGUACUGGGAACUGGAAGCAUCUUAUUAAACACAGAAAACCCAUUUUAAAUCA